GGUAAGAGCCAAAUGAAACUGACGUCCAACAAAAAUUACGUAGAGUGAAUCCUUCGGCUUCGUGCACAAAGCGACGUGAGCGCACAGUCGACUCGUUGAGAGAUAAAUAAGUACUAAAUUUCGGACACUGCUCCAGCAGAACACGCCCCUCUGUCGGUCCUUUGUUGAUGUUCGUGAGAGCAGAAGAGUUUCGCUUAUGAGAGGUGGACAUUUUUGAUUGAUUUUUGAGCACAGUUGUACUUGUAGUUGUUAUGCCUAUGCGUACUCUAACUCUUUGUCUUUUUGCACUUGCAUUUCGUUCUGACAACUUCUACGUCGCACAACUCGUACAAUAAACGCUGUCGAAGAACAAGAACUUUCACCCCCGUGCCUCAUCAAACUCAUCCGAAAUCAUCCCUUGCGAAGGGAUCGCAAAAUUCCACAUCUGUUGAUCCCAACCUCCAUUUCCAGGUGGCUGCACUUCACAUUUUGACCUUUUACCCGAAUCUAUUUCAAAUCUCUGUUCCAGAAGUUAUUUCCCGCUCUUUCUUCAACAGAUUUCUCUACGUUUUACUCUUGUUCGCUCUCUCUAUCUCCGCUGUAUAGUGGUAAGUAAUACCGGUCGUGAUCUUAUCAUUAUUUCUCUUUCCAGCAGGGUGAGGCUUCCGGAAAGAGAAGAGUAGUAAACAACAAGAAGAGGCGUAAUAGUCACGACUACUUCACCCGUCGUGCUGUACUUGUCUAAUACGCAAAAAUAACCAUGAUCGUCAAAAAAAAUUUACGACUUUCUGUACUCAUUUAUAACUUUAGGAGUCCUACAACUUAAUCAGCUCAAGCUUAUCAGCUUUGGCGAGCGACAAAAUCCUGUUGUGACCACCUGGUGCGGUCUUUAUUUUCUUUGAUCUUUUUAUCUACGAAAAAAUCAGCUUUUGUUCUUGAAUAGUCUGUACCAAAAAAUGUCGAACCACCCUAGCGAGACGACGCGAAACAGCGGGAAUAAACACGCCCGGCCCUACGUAAACGACUAUGACCUGGUCGAGUCCCUCCCCGGGGCACAGUGCGAUUGCACGGGCCCGCAGAGGGCGGAGUUCGUGACGCGGGCGAAAAAAUUGUGGGAAAUGGAGAAACAAGAAGACUUGGAGCAGCAGUAUACAAUUAUUGAAUAAAAUAAGUAGAAUUUUUCGAAUUCUGUACCUACAGUAUUACUGCGCCAUGGCCAACAUGAUCCCGAGUUCAUCCAUCAUGUUGAAUGAGACUACCACAUCAACUCGCUAAUCGAAGAACCGAAAAUCAUGGUGAAGAAAAUAAAUCAUAAUCUAUCAGAACCCGCACCCGGCAACAAGGCGCUUUGCGUGCUGAGCGGGAGAUGGAGACGUUGUGCGAAAUGUUUCCGCUAUUGGAAAAGGCCCUGGUGCACAGUCUGUAUUGCGAGCUCCACCAAGACAUGAACGCCACGAUUGAGCAGUGCGUUUCCCUCUGCGCCAGCAUGGAAAGCAACGGCAGCGGCAGUGGGGGACUGAUCGUCCCAGCGGAGGUGGUCGUGGAAGGGCAACAAGCGGCUUCAUCUUCAAGUUCUGCGGAGCCCGCUCCGAAGACGGUGGAUGAGUCUGGUAUAAUAAAGAUUUCUUUGCAUGAUAACAUAUUCGUCAUGCCACUUGUUCGGUAUAAAAUAUUAAUUCUGGUGACAGACACAGAUCUGUGAUGCUGCAUAGACCUCCACGACACGAGACGACCCCUACAAGAACACCGCUAAAAACGUAUACAGACGCCGACUUCUUUUCUGCGGAAAGUCGCCAGAAGCGGAAGGCCGGUCUGGUGGUCACUGGGGACUGGCCAGCACUCACCAAUGCCGAUGGCUGGGAGGUAUACAUCGAUGCAACUACUGAAAGAAAAAGCGUUUGCUACAGCCGUUGCCGUUUCUUGGUUCUUUACUUACUCAAACGAUUCUCAUUUUGUUUUUGUCUGCUAGUGCUCGUCGAUGAUUUUGAUGAUGCAAACCUUGUUCUAUGUGUUGGAGAAGGUGAAUAAUCACAAACGUUAAAAAAAGGCUCUUUAUCUACUUAAGUACCUUCAUUAUUGCAGGUCUGCAAUGCGAAGGACGAGGUGAAAUUGGAAGACCUGGCGAUGGAUGAGACCGAUGCGGAGAAAUCCUCGUGUAUCCUGUGUAAAAACGUCUCCACAUCAGAGCCAAGAUGGGGAAUCUGCUAGACAACUCAGCCAGCUUUGCUUGUUUGGCAUGACAAGUUUGUUCGCGUAGUGUAAUCCUGUUUAGCUAGUUAAGAAGCAUCACAGUUCUAGCAUAGAAUGCUGAUUCUAGCAUCACAAAUUCCAAAACACGAAUAAAAAAUGCUUCGCAUAGGGCUCCGCAUGAGAAUCUUUCUUGGCAUGCAGAAUUGCAUGACAACUAUGGGGUGGGGACGUUUUUACUCAGGAUAUCGUGGUCUCAAGUUGUCAAGGCGGCGAAGGACUUGCCCGACCCCCGGUACUCCGGUUCUUACCAGGACUACGACGGAUCCUGCGACUACUCGCCGAAACUGCAGCCCUGCCAGUACGGGAAAAUUUCUCCGAAGAAGAAGUGCGACAAGGACAGUGCUGCCGAUGACGAGUACGACUACUACAAGUCGAACACCAAGAAGCCUGAGCUGGAGGACUGGGAGCUCCGGCGGUCGCGGGGCCAGGCCAGUCGCGACAAGCGGAAGAUCUUCGUGCACCCCCGCAGCUGCCGCGCGGAGUCCAUGAGCACGGACACCGGGAGCGGGGUCGGGGAAGAAGUGGCGUUCGAUGGUGGGGAAAUGGGGAUUCAGGACGAGUGAAGAAAAUGCUCAACAAGAAGUUUGAUUUGAUGAAGGAUUUUCUACUUCUGCUGGCUACAUAGAUGGAUUAUGGUGUGACCUCCACGGCUACUGCAGAUGUUAAGAUGACCUUCGAUUUGAUGUUCAAAAUCUUCCUCUCUGAUUUAUUCCGACGACAAAACCACCUAGCAGAUCGAUCAGUAGUUGUAACAGCGACGAGAAUUUUCCCACUAUCUCCAUCGACUGUGUUUCCGUUUCGCGACCAGCACGAGUAGUUUAUUUAUUACGAGCAGUACGACGUAAGUGAUUUUCAUUUUCUGCAGAAUCUAGUAAAAAUACACCUGUCAUCAGCGGAGUUUUUGUUAUAAGGAUCUACCACUCCAAUGAAAUCAGUCUAGUAUUUAGAAAUACUGCUCGUGCUCAGCUCUAGUAGUAUAAAGUAAGCAGCAGGAGGCCCUCUUGCUCUAAUCUGAGUACUUCUUCAACCACCGAACUCAUUUUGCAAGCAGCGACGCCAAACAAGCCGAAGGCAACUACGAAGGAGCCAGAGGCCAGAUUAGACGACUAAUAACUUCUACACGACCAAGGAAUCACGGCCGCUGUAUUGCUACAUGAAAAAGAGCAGUUUAAUAUUUUGUGGUGGAGGUCCAGAAGAUGUUUGAAGAUUACUUACCCAGGUUUGACGUUGUAAAAAUAUUUUCCCCUGCAGCUUUCAGAAGUCGGAUGGAUAGCGAAUCGAAUGCUUUAAUACUAUACGACAAGAACGAGCUGCGACGUCGAGAAAUAGUCCCAAAAUGUAUGGUAUAAUCCGACUUGAAAAUACAUCGUUCAAGAAGCGAACGCUAGUCUCUCUUGUGCAGAGCCAGGACAUUUCAAAAUAGGUAAAAAUUGCUUCAUCUAUCAAAAAACAGUAGUAAACCGAAUCUAAACGGCGCUCCUCUAGUAUUCUCGGAAGCCCCCACCUCCGCGUCCGCAGGUCUUGGAUUGCAGUCAACAAGCCGCCCGGUCUUUUUGCUCUCCUUUGCGGGAGCUAGAUGGCCGUGUGCUUGAAGAAGGCAAAGGCCUUGAUCUUGCUGCCGUCGUCGGUGUUGUGCACGGGACAACGAGAACUACGAAGAAGCGCUUGAAUAAUUCCAGGCAGCUACGCAAGCUAGCUUCCAGAAGCGGUUUUUGACUCUUGAGCUUACAUGUUUGCAGCACGUCGGGCUUAGUACAACGAGAAGACGAUACUAUCAGCGACUUCUUUUAUCGAUCGUAAUAAUUUUAGAAGAUUUUAUGUGAAUUGAGCCUAUUCACGUAUCCCCAAGCGACAGACCGACCACUUCUUUCGGCCGAAAAAAAAAUUCGCAGAUUUGCUUCUUUGCCGUUCCACUGGUAAAGCCGCGGCCUGUGAAUGAAGAUUUGGUGGCGAAAGUGAAAAGAAAAAGAAAAUUAUUUACGAGGAUGCGCAGC